AUGCAGUCAUUAAAUUCCGAAGACCUUCCGGAAAAUCCGCGAGAGCGAUCGAACAUUUUUUCGGUAUUAAGUUAUUGGUAUACCAUACCCACUUUUAUUAAGGGGCGAAAGGUCACAUUGGAUACGAAAGACCUUUACAGGGCCUUGAAAGAGCACAAGUCGGAGAAACUCGGCAACAAAUUAUGUAGUGCCUGGGAGGCAGAACUAGAGACUUACCAGAAGGACGCCAGUUUGCUGAGGACUCUACUGCGCGUAUUUGGCUGGUAUUUCGUCUUCCUCGGACUAGUUCUCUUUAUCGUGGAGGCUAUAUCAACGCUUCAACCCGUAUUUCUGGGAAAGUUAAUAUCUUUCUUCUCCCACGACACGGAGACCAUUGAGCCAGCAUAUGUUUACGCGGCCUUAGUGAUUUUGUGCACUGUCCUCGAUGUAACUAUCAAACAUCCCUACUCUUUUGCCGUCACUCAUCUAGGCCUUAAGAUUCGGGUGGGUCUGACCAGCUUGAUCUACAGGAAGAGCCUUCGAUUGAGCAAGACGGCCUUAGGUGAAAUAUGUGCCGGGCAUGUUAUCAAUUUAAUUUCUAACGACCUGGGUCGCGUGGACACUUUUAUUCAGUUUACGCACUAUCUUUGGUUGGGCCCACUCCAGACGCUAUUAGUAACCUAUCUUAUGUACCAAGUGAUAGGAAUAGCCGCUGUGUUUGGCAUGUCCUUCAUGCUACUUUUCAUACCCCUGCAAAUGUAUCUGAGCAAGAAGAUCUCGGUGCUACGAUUAAAGACUUCUCUUCGGACUGACAAACGAAUGCGGAUGAUGACUGAGAUCAUCUCCGGCAUUCAGGUGAUAAAGAUGUACGCCUGGGAGCUGCCCUUCGAGCGGAUGGUUUCCUACGCACGCGAAAAGGAGAUCAAUACCAUGCGAUACAUGGCCUACAUAAAGGGUUUGCUAUCCUCAUUCAACAGGUUCCUCACACGCGUAUCCAUCUUUAUUAGUUUAGUACUGUUUGUGCUAUUGGGAAAGUUCCUUACGGCGGAAGUGGCUUUUCUAAUUACUGCGUACUACAACGUCGUGCGGACCAAUAUGACCGCCUUUUUUCCAUUAGGCAUCACGCAGACGGCAGAAACCUUAGUUUCGAUCAGGCGUGUGCAAAAGUUUUUGCUAUCUGAAGAGGUGGAAACCUCGGACAACAAGGUAGAUUACACAGAAACGGGAGAAGAUCUUCCAGAGGCUGGCGAAAAACUUAUAGGAACGACUCGUAGCUUCAUUACUACUGAAGAACCCGUCCAUUCGAAGGCAUGUUUAUCCAUAUGUGGUCUUAAAGCCAAAUGGGAUACCAACGCACCGGAUUACACACUAAGUGGAGUAAACCUAAAGAUCCAUCCAGGCACCUUGUUGGCCAUCGUUGGUCACACUGGUUCCGGAAAGUCCAGUCUGAUUCAAGCCGUUCUGGGGGAACUCCGGGCCGAAUCUGGUGAGAUCAAGGUUAAUGGAUCGAUUUCCUAUGCCUCCCAAGAACCGUGGCUUUUUUCGGGCACCGUGCGCCAGAAUAUCCUCUUUGGACAGCCCAUGGACCGUCGCCGAUAUUAUUCGGUGGUGAGGGAAUGCGCUCUGGAACGUGACUUUGAGCUGCUUCCUUUGAAGGAUAAGACCAUAGUGGGAGACCGCGGAGCUUCCCUAUCGGGAGGGCAGAAGGCGAGAAUCAGUCUGGCCAGGGCUGUCUACCGGGAGGCCUCCAUCUACUUGCUAGACGAUCCACUCAGUGCGGUGGACUCCAAUGUAGCCCGCCACCUCUUCGAGCACUGCAUGCGCGGCUAUCUGCGAAAUCGAAUCGUCAUUCUGGCCACCCAUCAGCUGCAGUUCCUGCAGCAAGCCGAUCAAAUAGUGAUCAUGGAUAAGGGCCAGAUUAGUGCUGUGGGCACCUAUGAGGAGCUUCUAAAAUCGGGCGCGGACUUUGGCAGCUUUCUGGAUAACAGAGAAAACCCCGAGGAGCCGAUUGAGGAGCCAUCAAGAACCACUUGCAUCGCAGAUGAGCGACGUAGCAGUGUGAAAUCGGCGCUGUCCAAUGCGGAAUCAUGUUUAGAGGAAGAUCCGAAGGAACCGGUGAUCAACCUGGAGCGGAAGGAUGUUACUCGUUCUGGCUUGGGAGUGUACACCGAUUACUUUAAGGCUGCAGGCGGCCUCCUUCCCUUCGUCUUGGUGAUAAGCGUUUUUUUAUGUGCCCAGGGCCUUGCCUCGCUUGGAGAUUACUUCUUGUCCCCGUGGGUGUCAGGAAAACGCGACAAUGGUAUCCAAGAAGACCCUACAAUAAAGCCUAAAUCUGAGGAUGACGCAAUGCACGACAUCUACAUUUUUACGCUGAUUACAGUGCUAACCAUUGUUGUGACCGUAAAACGAUCCUUUCUGUUCUACAACUUGGCAAUGAAGGCCUCCAUUCGGUUGCACAACUCCAUGUUUCGUGGCAUUAGUCGAGCUUCCAUGUACUUCUUCAACACCAACCCUUCGGGGGGUAUACUAAAUCGCUUCUCCAAGGACAUGGGUCAAGUGGAUGAGGUGCUGCCCAUUAUAAUGAUGACCGUCAUUCAGGACUUCCUCUCGCUUGCCGGCAAUAUCGUGGUCAUAUCCAUUGUCAAUCCUGUAUAUCUCAUACCCGCACUCGUAAUUGGUGUUGUCUUCUAUCACCUGCGGACCUUUUAUCUUCAAACUUCGCGGGAUGUAAAGCGUUUAGAGGCUAGUACUCGAUCCCCAGUUUACUCGCAUUUUGCGGCUUCUCUGACUGGUUUGUCCACCAUUCGCGCCUUUGGAGCUGAGAGUAUUUUAGAGGCGGAGUUUGAUAGCUAUCAAGAUAUGCACAGCUCCGCUGCCUACAUGUUCAUUAGCACAUCACGAGCUUUCGGCUAUUGGAUAGACGUAUUCUGUAUGCUCUAUCUAGCGAUCGUCACACUCGGAUUCUUUAUGUAUCCGCCUGCCAAUGGUGCUGAAGUUGGUCUGGCCAUAACACAGGCCAUUGGCUUGACGGGAACAGUCCAAUGGACUGUCCGCCAAUCGGCAGAGUUGGAGACAACAAUGAUUUCCGUGGAGAGAGUGAUUGAGUACGAGGACAUUGAGCCAGAGGGAGAAUUGGAAGCCCCGGCGGAUAAGAAGCCACCCCAGUCCUGGCCGGAGCAAGGGAAAAUAGAGUUUGAUGAGCUGAGCCUGCGCUACACCCCGGAUCCAAAAGCGGAAAACGUGCUCAAGUCACUAAGUUUCGUCAUUAAGCCAAGGGAAAAAAUAGGUAUUGUGGGACGCACUGGGGCGGGAAAAUCCUCGCUGAUAAACGCCCUCUUCCGACUGUCCUACAAUGAUGGAUCCGUCCUCAUAGACAAGCGGGAUACAAAUGAGAUGGGUCUGCACGACCUUCGCAGCAAGAUCUCGAUUAUUCCCCAGGAACCCGUUCUGUUCUCCGGCACAAUGCGAUACAACUUGGAUCCCUUUGAGGAGUACAGUGAUGAAAAGUUAUGGCUCUCCUUGGAGGAAGUUCAGCUUAAGGAGGUGGUGGCCAAUAUGGCCACUGGCUUGGAAACAAAAAUCACCGAGGGAGGAUCCAACUUCAGCGUGGGUCAGCGCCAGUUGGUUUGCUUGGCAAGGGCCAUUCUGCGGGAAAACAAAAUCCUUGUGAUGGACGAGGCUACGGCCAAUGUGGAUCCCCAGACAGAUGCUCUAAUCCAAGCCACCAUUCGAAACAAGUUCAAGGACUGCACUGUCCUGACCAUCGCUCAUCGAUUGCACACCAUCAUGGACUCGGACAAGGUAUUGGUAAUGGAUGCUGGACGAGCUGUGGAGUUUGGGACGCCCUAUGAACUUCUGACAGCGGAAGAUUCCAAUGUGUUCCUCGACAUGGUCAAGCAGACGGGACAGGCCUCCUACGACGCCCUUCAGAAGAUUGCUCAAAGAGCUUUUGAAGAAGCGUCCGUGUAG